AUGAAUAAGCAACUCGUCACCAGCCUGGAGCCUGGGGCCCCGGGACUCGGCCCGGACCUGGCCGACGGCUCCGGAGCGGCGAGGCACAGCCCUGAGCGGGAGCCGUGCUCGCCCCCCUGCCCCCCGGCCCGUCUUGCCCGUUCGGCUUCCAAUGGCAUCCAAACUUUCCUCUCCGAGGAGGCCCGAGCCGGCGACCCCGAGCGGACCCGAGUGGGCAUCUCCAGGCUCAGCAGCGCCCUGGCGCAGCCCGCCACCGCCACCCGCAAGGAUGCCACCGAGACCUUUGCCCUCCAGAGCCUCCCGGCCCCCUCCUCCGCCCCCGCCGCCCCCAGCCAGGCCAACGCCCCCCAUUGCAAAAUCCCGGCCCUGCACGGGGCAGAGGGGGCUGCCAACGUGAGCCUGGGGAAGGGCACUUUGGAGCACAACCGGGCCCAGCCCGGCGCCUGGGUGAACAUGAGCCAAAGCACCGUGGUGCUGGGUACGGACGGCAUCACCUCCGUCCUCCCCGGCAGUGUCACUGCGGUAAGUUCCCAGGAGGAAGAUGAAGGGGACGAGAAUAAGGCCCGCGGGAACUGGUCCAGCAAACUGGACUUCAUCCUGUCCAUGGUGGGCUACGCGGUGGGGCUGGGCAACGUGUGGCGGUUCCCGUACCUGGCCUUUCAGAACGGAGGAGGCGCCUUUCUCAUCCCCUACUUGAUGAUGCUGGCUCUGGCCGGGCUGCCCAUUUUCUUCCUUGAGGUGUCGCUGGGGCAGUUUGCUAGCCAGGGCCCCGUGUCCGUCUGGAAAGCCAUCCCCGCCUUGCAAGGCUGCGGCAUCGCUAUGCUGAUCAUUUCAGUCCUAAUAGCCAUAUACUAUAAUGUUAUUAUAUGCUACACACUUUUCUACCUGUUUGCCUCCUUUGUGUCUGUGCUGCCCUGGGCGUCUUGCAACAACCCCUGGAACACGCCAGAUUGCAAAGAUAAAACCAAACUUUUAUUAGAUUCUUGUUUCAUUGGUGAUCACCCCAAAAUACAAAUCAAGAACUCAACUUUCUGCAUGACUGCCUAUCCAAACUUGACUCUGGUGAAUUUCACCAACCAGGCCAACAAGACAUUCGUCAGUGGGAGUGAAGAAUAUUUCAAGUACUUUGUGUUGAAGAUUUCUGCAGGGAUUGAAUAUCCUGGUGAGAUCAGGUGGCCAUUAGUCGUGUGUCUCUUUCUGGCUUGGGUGAUUGUGUAUGCAUCCCUUGCUAAAGGAAUCAAAACAUCAGGAAAAGUGGUGUAUUUUACUGCUACAUUUCCUUAUGUGGUGCUAGUCAUCCUGCUUAUCCGAGGAGUCACCUUACCAGGAGCUGGAGCGGGAAUCUGGUACUUCAUCACGCCUAAAUGGGAGAAACUUACUGAUGCUACGGUAUGGAAAGAUGCUGCCACUCAGAUUUUCUUCUCUUUAUCUGCCGCCUGGGGAGGCCUGAUAACUCUCUCAUCUUAUAACAAAUUCCACAAUAACUGCUACAGGGAUACAUUAAUUGUAACAUGUACUAACAGUGCCACAAGCAUCUUUGCAGGCUUUGUCAUCUUUUCCGUCAUUGGCUUCAUGGCAAAUGAGCGUAAAGUCAACAUUGAAAAUGUGGCAGACCAAGGGCCAGGUAUUGCCUUUGUGGUUUACCCAGAAGCCUUAACCAGGCUGCCUCUCUCUCCAUUCUGGGCCAUUAUAUUCUUUCUGAUGCUUCUGACGCUGGGAUUGGACACAAUGUUUGCCACUAUUGAAACUAUAGUGACAUCCAUCUCAGAUGAGUUUCCAAAGUACUUGCGAACCCAUAAGCCUGUUUUUACGCUUGGUUGUUGCAUCUGUUUCUUCAUCAUGGGCUUUCCUAUGAUCACUCAGGGUGGAAUUUACAUGUUUCAACUUGUGGACACAUAUGCGGCUUCAUAUGCACUGGUCAUCAUUGCCAUCUUUGAACUUGUUGGAAUUUCAUAUGUCUAUGGACUGCAGAGGUUUUGUGAAGACAUUGAGAUGAUGAUUGGAUUCCAGCCAAACAUUUUCUGGAAAGUCUGCUGGGCGUUUGUGACUCCUACAAUCUUAACAUUUAUCCUAUGCUUCAGUUUUUACCAGUGGGAGCCGAUGACCUACGGCUCUUAUCGCUACCCCAACUGGUCUAUGGUGCUUGGAUGGCUUAUGCUGGCCUGUUCCGUUAUAUGGAUCCCCAUUAUGUUUGUGAUAAAAAUGCAUCUAGCUCCUGGCAAAUUUAUUGAGAGGCUGAAAUUGGUUUGCUCCCCUCAACCUGACUGGGGCCCAUUUUUGGCUCGCCACCGUGGAGAACGUUAUAAGAACAUGAUUGAUCCACUGGGAACAUCCUCUCUGGGACUGAAACUGCCAGUGAAAGAUUUUGAACUUGGGACCCAAUGUUAGUAAAUUUGGAUCCUUGUGGUAGGGGUGGUACAACCUCAUAGUUUCUCCUCUUCCCUCUAUAACCCCCUCUCCCUUCCUAAUAUCCUUUUCCACUUUGGCUUUCACAUCUGUGCAUGAAAGUGGUUGCUUAGUAAAGUAGGACUUAUUGUCGCAUGCUGUAGUGAAGAACUAGACAGACCACUUGAAGCACUGCUGGUUCUGAGUUAGUGGUGUCCAUUUUCUGUUGGGCUUUUACCUUGGCAAUAUGCUGUGAUAUCAAGGGAAUGAUUUAAAAGGUUAGUUUUUUUCCCUAGGUUCCGUGAAAUUCUGUCCAUAAGAGGGUCAACAAGAGAAUAGUUCAUCAUGUUUUUUCUUUAGGUUGGUCCCGGUGAUGCUGACAUAGGAAGGUAAAGAUGUGUAAACUAAAACUAACCAUCUUUAUUAUUUUAUAAGAAAAUCAAAGAUCCAGGCAGUAUAUCUAAGUGGAAGCUUUUGACCCAGUGGUAGUGAUGGUGGUUUGAAAGAUUUAAUGUGCAUAGGCAGAUGGUUGUGGACACCACUGCUUUUAUUAAUUUCAUGUGUUCCAUGAAUAAUUUGAGGUGUAACUCUUUCAUUUGGACCAAAUGUUUCAAUUACAAUGAGGGCCCAAAUCUUCACUCUUUUUGGAGUGAAAAUUCAUUGCUUUUCUCUUCACCCAAGUCUUCUUCCCAUGUUCAUUUUUUUGGGGGACUUUUUUAAAACAAACUCUCCUCAAGAAGCCAUUAUAUAAUUUGUGCCUAUUUUAUAUUCCCAGUGUAGGAUGUAUAGUCUAAAGAUUCUCCAUUGCAUUUAGCUUUGUGGUUCAAUGUAGUGAUCCCCUAUUUCUUCUAGGAUAAACUUCUUUCUAUUUCCUGUAGAUCUAUUCUUCUCUUUCAACUUCUUGGAAAACAAGACCUUCCCCAGUUCUGCCUAUAUAUUAUAUAUAUAGUAUGUAAACUCCAGCAGACAGAAUGAUAAUUCCUGAAUUUUUAUUCUCAACUUUUUCAUUCACAAUAACUGCCAACUAUGGUCAUAGAAAAUAGAAAGAGAUGCAGAGUUUAGUAGCAGGCAAUCAUAAUAGCACUGAAAAAGUAGUACAUUUUAGGUCACUGCAUUUACAGAAAUUUCUGAUAAAUACAGCUUAGUCCUAUCUAGUCAAGCAGUGAGUGAACAGAUUAAGAAUAUAGCUUUUAAGAAUGCAUUUAAGUCAAUGGAAUGAAAAACAUUUCCUAUUAAUUUAUUGUAACUGCACUAUGACGAGAGAGAAAAAUAUGUCUACUAAGAUUGGCAAACCUGAAAUCUUUAUUAUUUUGUGGUAUCCUAUACCUAUAUGAGAUUUUUUAAGCGUGAUCUGUGUUCAUGUAGUAUGUAUUAGUAUUGAUGUUUUAUGUCCCUAUAAAUAUAGAAAACAAUGUAGAAAUUGUGAGUUUGACGUAGUGUAGCCUGGGUUUCUUUCCCACUGUUAUAGUACAAAUUUCAAAUUGUUUCCUUUUGGGGGACAAUUUGUUGCUUUCUUAUUUGUCUGUAUGUCUUCACAUUACAGGGUCUCAGGUAAAUCUUCAGUUAACUAUAUAUCUGCUGAUGUGAUGUUUUCAUCUUGUUGAAUGAUGACAAAAUGUCCCCUGCAACUAGAUUUAGUGUAACAUUUCCCUACAAAAUGAUUUUUUUUGUAAAAAUAUUGACUUUUUUUUGCCUAGCUUUCUCUUUUUCAGGGCAGAGUGUAACCAUUAACUGACAUUGGCAUGGCACUUUCAGGCUUCAUAAGCAGCAUAUGGAAAACAGUGAAGGAGAAAACAAAACUGGGUUUAAAGUGUGUUUUUUUAGCCAUAGAGCCUCACUGUGCAUUGUUCUUUCAUAAUGUUUAUAGUGGAAAUUGUUUCUACCAUAGAGACAGUUUUUAAAUAAAUUACACCAAGACUUUGCAAGCCUCGAUACAAACAACCCUGCCUUAAAACUGUACUGUUGAUUCAGCUUUGCCAGCUGAUUCCAAAGUGGCAUGAUGGCCUCAUGACUACUUCAGUUCCCUGAGAGAGCCAUAUGGAUGAAAAGCUCAUAUUGAUUAGACUGUUCCCUCCCCCACAGAGUGAGAGCCCUACACUGGACAGACACUG